UGCUAGGGGUGAAAAGACAAAGAAAAUGCAGGCCAUUAUCUCCCUCAUGUAUUCUUGGCUUCUUCAAUUGCGGGAGAUGGUGUUCUAUAGGCGCCAUUAUCUCCCUCGUGUAGUCUUGCCUUGUUUAAAUGCUGGAGAGGGGUGUGGGCGUGUGGCUAUUGCCUCUCAACCUGAGGAAAUGAAUCCAGCAGAACUUCGUAGGGUUUUCCUUAUGUUUGACAGGAACGGAAACGGGAAGAUCACAAGGAAGGAGCUGAGCGACUCGUUGGAGAAGCUGAACAUACACAUUCCGGAGAAGGAGCUGAUCCAGAUGAUCGAGAAGAUCGACGUGAACGGGGACGGGCAUGUGGACAUGGAGGAGUUUGGGGCGCUGUACGAGGUGCUCUUGGACGAGAGGGGCAUCGGAGGAGAUGAAGAGGACAUGCGGGAAGCUUUCAACGUGUUUGACCAGAACGGCGAUGGGUUCAUCACCGUGGAGGAGCUCCGGUCGGUACUGGUGGCCCUGGGGCUGAUGCAGGGAAGAACCGUGGAUGACUGCAAGAAUAUAAUCACCAAGGUGGAUGUGGAUGGGGAUGGCAUGGUCAACUAUGAUGAGUUCAGGAAGAUGAUGAAGGGUGGUGGUUUUGCUGCCUUAAGCCCUUCAGACUAACCUGCAAAGGGAAAAUGAAAGCAUGCAUGUUGUAUUCAAGUUUAGUUAUUUACCUACAACCACUCUUGUCAUAUUGUGGGUACAUUUGUACUUUGUGUACCAUUUAUAAACUAAGGGAGAGCAAAUUUAUGUAUAUAGUCUAUAUUCAACUAA